AUGGCAUUCUCAAAAUUCGCUAACGUAUUUAGAGGCAAAUUUAGCAAAACUAAGGAUGAGGAUUAUGUUGGGAAUGAGCAUAUAUCCUCGCCAGAGUUGGUUUAUCAUACUAAUAAGAGCAUGGUAAACUUACUAGACGUGCAAACCCCUCACCAUAACACUAAAAGCAGAGGGAAGAAGAAAGCCCGUAAUUCUCUCACGCUUGAGAGUCCACCAAGGAGUCGCGCUAAGAGUAUGAUCGGAUCUCAGCAAAUCACUCAAAUGGGUUCAAUGUCUCAGUAUUGCGGUUAUCAUCCCAUUCAAGAUGGCGAGCCGUGUGGUCAUGGUAUCAAGUCUGAGGUUCGCUCACCCCGUAAAAGUCUCCAUAGUGGUUUUAACUCUAAGCAUAAACCACGUAGACGCGCAUUUACAAUUGAUGAUGAUGAUAUCCCACCUGUUCCACCAUUACCUGCAAUCUACACAAACACACACGCUUAUUGA